AUGUCUGGCUACGAAGUCGAACACAACAUCUCCACCACCGAAUCUAGACCCGAAACCAGACGCCCGAAUCACCGCACCCGCCCCGACCUCUCUACCUUCUAUUCCACUCUCAAUCUUGUCGAUACCUCCGAUCCAGAUAGCCACCACAAUGCCCACGCCGUACCACAGCCCGAAAAUAUGACCGCCGCGUAUCGGCUGCUGGCCAACGCCUUGCAAAUGAUGCAGGGCGGCGGGGGCAGCGACGACCCCAAUGCCCCGCUGCAGACAAUGAUAUUGAGCCUCAUGCACUCUGCAGAUAAUCCGCCAAGGGAACUUGAGGGCGUGCCGGAUAGUUUCCUAGACGAGCUGGAGCGCGUGCCGAAGAAGUCGUUGAAGAAGGACGAUGAGUGUCCGAUUUGUUGUAAUCCGUUUCUGGAUGAUGAGUUUCCGCUGGUAGUCCAUCUCCCGUGCCAUGAGAACCACCGCUUCGACCUCGACUGCAUACGCCCGUGGUUGAAGCUCAACGAUACCUGUCCGCUGGAUCGCAAGCCGCUGAUCAAGAAGAGGGAGCCGCGCCGUCCAGUUAAGACUGAUGACGACGAGGAAGAGGAAUGGGAUGAUUUAUACGCUUAA